AUGGUUCGAGGCGUGUUUGGCGCGGCCUCAACCUCGGCGGUGCUCGCCCUCCCCGUCUUGACACUUUUACCAUCCACUUUUGCGGAUGCGGACAGCAGACAAGAUCACUACCGACAUAAUCAUACCAGCUCGCUCUCCUCAUUCUCACCACCAUCGAUCUCUCCGACUCCGACAGCAAGCGCUUCCGCCUCCGACCCCAGCGCGUCCUUGAACGCGACCACAGCGUCGGAUUUCGACACCAUCCUCCAACGUCGACUCACAUUCGCCAUCCGCUCAGCCGGAGACGCCUCAAGCGUCGGCACCUGGCUCGAUACCCUCUCACCUGAAGGCACAUGGCCCGAUGUCGACUACACUACGGGCUGUCCGGCGCAGAGGGCGAACUGGCCUGCGGAGGUCCAUUGGGAGCGUAUCGUCACACUCGCGGCGGCUUGGAAAGGCGGGCUACCUGGUGGGGAUCAGUGGGUCGGCGACGAGGAUCUUGAGAGCGGGUUCUUGUCCGCGAUGGACUACUGGUUCGACAACGACUUCAACGCUACGGACUGUCUUGCCUUCGGAGGUAAUGCCACGUACGGCAACUGUCCUUGCGGCACACCUGGCCUCUGGAACUCGAACUGGUACUCGAACGUCAUCGGCGUACCCACAUUCAUCGGUCAAGCCUGCGUGCUCGCGAACUCGACUCUGGAUGACGCACAAGCCGACAGCUGCAACAACAUCCUCGGGCGAAGCUUCGAGGUGUACUUCAACGCCAGCAUCAACCCUGCCUACUCUAAUGGAGCGAAUGGGCUGUUGCUAGCAGCGAUUGGCGUCGACUAUGCGCUCAUGUCGAAGAAUGUGACGGUCAUGGAGGAGACGUAUCAGCAGGUCGACAAGCAGCUUGUGCUUGUACCGGAGAUCAAAACGGAUGGCAUCAAGCCAGAUGGAAGCUUCGGCCAGCACGGCGGAUUACUAUAUACCGGCAACUACGGGAAGGACUUCGCGAACAACGUUAUGGCACUCGAAAUCGAAGCGGGUGGCACCGAGUUUGCGGCGAACGAGACAGGUAUCGACGCAUUCGAGACGUUCUGGGACGGAAAUCAGUGGAUGGUGGUGUAUAACACCUUGACGGGCGUCUUACAUUGGGAUCUGUCUGUUGUUGGCCGCAUGAUAUCCUUCCCCGUCUUCGACGAUCAAGCGACCGCCAGUUUGAAAAUUAAUCUGACGGACUUACUGGCUCUAGGCGAACUAUGGAACUCGUCGACACUCGAGGGCGUGUACUCUAGCCUCGAGAAGAACGUCACCACAGCCAACGCCGGCCAUCUCAUCGGCAACCGCGUCUUCCGCGACAAUGACUACGUCGUGCAACGUGGGAGGAACUACGUCACCACACUCAAGAUGUACUCGGACCGCACGUUCAACACCGAGUGCGUCAAUGCGGAGAACCCGUACGGUUUCCAUCUGGCGGACUUCACGCUGUACACCUACGUGAAGGGUAAUGAGUAUGAAGAUAUUGCGGGUGGCUGGGACUGGAACUUGAUACCGGGUACCACGACUGACUAUGGGAAUACUCCGCUCGACUGUGACAAUGCUUCCUUUACCGGCCUCCAAUCCUUCGUUGGCGGCGUAUCAACAGGGAAGAUCGGCGCUGCGGCCAUGAAGUAUACGAACCCCCUCACCCUCGACCUAAGCUGGAACAAGGCGAUCUUCUUCCUGCCAGACGAUACGCAAGUCGUGAUGGUGAACAACAUCAGCUCGACAUCGCCGAAUGCAAGUGUCGUUUCUGUUCUGGACCAGCGCCGACAUACGGGAGGCGUAUAUCUCGACGGAGAGGUCGUCGAGUUCACUGCCGAGGCUGAGGGCGUGCAGAACUUUUCAGGCGCUAUGAGUUUGUGGCAUGGUGGGAACGGAUACGUCUUCGAGGACUGUAUGCCCGCCGCUCUCACGGUCUCCGUCGGCGAACACCAGGCGAACUGGACCGAGAUCGGGAUAUCGCAGGUUCAAGAUACCGUUGACCUGUUUGCCGCGUACCUCAACCACACCGAUAUCUCGCAGCCGUUGCAGUACACCAUAUACCCUGGGACAGACCUUAAGACCUUCAGGCACAAGAGUAGGAGAAGAAGAACUGAGACGGUCAAGAACGAUGGAGAGGUGUCGGCGGUAUGGGACGACGAGCACGGUGUGUUGGCAGCAGUGUUCUGGAAUGAGGAGGGCGGAGAGGUCCGAUUUGGACAUAGGCAGCAUAAGUUGGAGGUGGAUGGGAACGUGGCGCUCCUCGUUGAUACUCGUCGGGGGACUCUUACAGUGUCCGACCCAUCUCAGAUGCUGCCCUUCGUCAAGAUCUGCUACAACGGCAAGACAUACACCGUGAACUUGCCCACGGAUCCUCUCGCCAUUGGAACCAGCAUAUCACAUCGUUUAUAG